CUUUCCUUCCCCUAUAGUCCACACCAGAUUGCGUAUUAUGGGAUGUGCGGAAUUAAGCAGCCCGAGGAAGACGCGAGGUAGCAAAGAAGAGCACAGGGCCGCGGGGGAUUGCGAGCGAGCGGCUCAUCAUGGAGCUGUCUGCCGUCGGGGAGAGCGUCUUUGCUGCAGAGUCCAUCAUUAAGCGACGGAUCCGUCGGGGUCGUUGGGAAUAUCUGGUGAAAUGGAAGGGCUGGUCUCACAAGUACAGCACAUGGGAGCCAGAGGAAAACAUCUUGGAUGAGCGCCUCCUGGCAGCUUUUGAGGAGAGAGAACGUGAGAGAGAGCUUUUUGGGCCCAAAAAGCGAGGACCCAAGCCUGAGACGUUUCUCUUGAAGGCCAAAGCCAGAGAGAAAACGUACGAAUUUAGACGAGAUCCAGUCCGGCCCAUUCAGGUCUCCUAUCCGGUCCCGGAGCCCAUCAUAACACCGAGAGCCCGGGAGGGUCUGCGCACGGUGGUCCCCACCAUCUUCCCCCCGAGCGCAGUCAACCGAGGGGAGAGCGUCGCCGGCCAAGCCCUGGAACCAGAAAGAAGGAUCAGAUCGGCAGCCAGUUCUCACCAAGAACUAGGUCCCAAAAAGCGAGGACGCAAGCCCAAAUUGCGUCUGCAUUAUGAGCGGGGCGAAGAUGAAAGCCUGGAACCCGCCCCCAAAAUGUGCAAACGCUUCCUUCAGGACGGGGGAUCUUCCGACCCCAGCCUGGCCCAGCUGACCAGAAGGUUCCAGGAGAAGACCACCAUUACGCCCAGGUCCAGCAGUGAGCACAUGGGCGUGGCCUACACCCGUCCGGACCGAGGAGGCAGGACUCAUUACCUGGCGGUCCUGAAGCACCGUGACAAAAACGUGAGCCUGCCGAUAAUAACGGGAGAAGAACUCGGGGUGGUAUGCCCCCCCACGGCCCCAGGCUCCUCCUGGACCCCUCGUUUCACCAACAUGGACACGGUGACAGUCACAGACGUCACCAUGAACCUGCUCACCGUCACUGUCAGAGAGAACUACACCGACAAAGGUUUUUUUCGAGAGAAAAGAUAAGAGACUCAUAAGAGGUGUGUCAGAAAAGUUCCAAGACUAGUUUUUUUUUUUUUUCAAGACUAAUGGAACUAGCAUCGAUAUUUUAGUUGCAAACCUUUAAAGAACAUCCAUCCAUCCAUUUUCUAUACUGCUUGUCCCACCCACGGGGGUUGCGGGCGUGCUGGAGCCUAUCCCAGCAGUCGUCUGGCAGUAGGCGGGGGACACCCUGAACUGGUUGCCAGCCAAUCGCAGGGCACACAGAGACGAACAACCAUCCGCACUCGUAGUCACACCUAUGGGCAAUUUGCAGUGCUCAAUCAGCAUACCAUGCAUGUUUUGGGGUUGUGGGAGGAAACCAUGCUGACCAGUGCCCGCCACCCUUAAAAGCACAAAUAUUUGAAAUCAAGAUGUAGUGCAUCAACACAUGGAAACAGCAUUGCAAAACUAUACAGAUGUAGAUUCUGUACACUCUGUGAAAAACAACUACUACUACAGCUUAUCAGUCGCAUUUGUGAAACUCUUCUUCGUUUAUCUGUGUUGCUGUAUUAUACUACUCCCAGUGGCCACGUUGUACACACCAAAAGGAAUUUCACUAAAUUAGUUCACAAUGCCAUGAGCAUCUGAUAAUUCCUGGAAGAGGAGAAAGUGCUGGAUUUGGUUCUCAAAUUUGUCUUUUGUGACACCAGUCCUGGAACCUUUCGGACACACCUUCAAAGUCACGUGGGUCACUUUAUUAGGCACACAUGUGCGAUACCACAGCUGCGAGGCUCUGUUCGGAUUGACACUGACAUCAUCAUAAUCUUACAACUGUUUCCUACUUGUAAUAUUCUGCACCAUUUCACUAAAUGAGGAAGUCAAACAGUUUAGUUUGACUUGACCACUGCUAACAUUACAUUUCAUAGACGGAUGUGCCAAAAGUAGGCAAAAUCUUUGUCAUUGCUUUGAGAUGCCACAAGGUGGCAGCAAAACAAUGUUUUGUUAUUAGACAUGGCUUUGGCCGGAGUGCAAAAAGUCUUCCUUCCAUCAGAUCCUCUUUUUAUGUAAGCCAUUUUUCCUUGGCUUCAACCUAAUUUUCGGCCUUCUUUUAUUUUCCCUUGCUUCCUCUUUCCUUCCUGACUUCUUUUCUUCAUAUGUAGCCUCACUUUUUGUUGCUUGAAUCUAUUUUUCUGCCUUCAUUCCUGCCCUCACUUUAACACGCUUUUCUGUCCUCAACCCUUACCUCCACCUUCCACCUCAGCCCUGAUUUUUCCUUUCUAGCUUUCUUCUCAGACCUGCUUUUUAUUUCCUCGUCUCUCCCUUUGCAUGAAACUGCUUUUUGGCCUUUUUCCAUCCAAACUUGUCUAAUAGAAUGCACUUUCUUUGUUCGUGACUAUGUUUUUGCCAUCAUUCUUAAGUACUUUAAAAAGUGUAUCCCUACUUUUGGCCCACCCUGAAUACAUUGUCCACUAUUUUGUAUUGUGCAGGUGUACCUAAGGAUGUGGCCAGUUAAAGCUACUAACAAUGACGCUACAUGCUACUGUCAUGCUAAAAAUAUAUAUUUUGAAAAAUAGAGCUUUCAAACAUUAUUUAAUUGUUAAAAAACAACCGUUGAAUAUGAUUUAAGAGUAACAUGCUUUUUUUGCACAUUAUAUUGUUGGCCAAAUUUAGAAUACAUUGUAGCCGUCUGACUAUCAACCAAGCCACUUUUUUCAUUUUUGUGUACAUGUCCUUUAUCGUUGGUUUGACUUUACUGGCCUCACUGUGUACUUUUCGCAUUUCACGUGUCAGAUCAGUAAAAGAAUGAACGUCGUGCCCCACAACGAAUUAAGCCAAGUUUGAGCUAAAUUGCGUUUUGCAUGCUUUUUGUGCUCCGUGUGCCGCUGAAAUACUGAAAAACCAUGUCAAAAUAGUUUAAUCUUUAUUCCCGCGCGUGCAGUGUUGCAGUAUUCAUGUUGAAAACGUGAAGAGGUAUUGGUUACAAUUAUUUGGAAUAAAGCUAUCAACUUGCACCUUAUAAA